AGUCUUCUGAGGAGAGGCGAGCAGCUCACGAAAUUAAGCUGGAAUAUUCCCAUCAGUUUAAAAGUGAAGACGAGCAUCAAAUCAUCAGGAAGAGCUGUAAUCUGCAAAGACUGAGUUUAUUAAAGAGACACACUGAAGAUACUGAAGAACAAACAGAAAACAAGGAGAAUGAAGAACUAGAUGAAGUUGAGGAGAAAAAUAUUGUCAAACCCGAAGAAAAACCUUUGAGUCGCUCUCAAACCAAACAAAAAGAUUUAAAGAAAAGAAGAGCCAAGAAAUCUUUAACCUGCACUCAGUGCAGAAAGUUUUUCACAAACAAACAAAAAACCUUGAUGUUCACAUGAGAGUUCAUACUGGAGAGAAACCGUUCACUUGGGAUCAGUGUGGGAAACGUUUUGCACAAUUAGCAACCCAUAAGAUACACAUGAACAUCCACACGAGAGAUAAACUAUACGCAUGUGAUCAGUGCGGGAAAACAUUUUUAAGGGCUUCAGACCUGAAGAAACACCUGAGAGUUCAUACAAAGGAGAAACCACAUUCAUGUUAUUUGUGUGGAAAAAGAUUUUCAUGUCUACAAUAUUUAAAAAAACAUCAGAAAAUACAUACUGGUGUGAGAGAGUACAUGUGCUUUGAGUGUGAAAAGACUUUUACUACAGCAAAGUGUUUAAAACAGCACCAGAGGAUUCACACUGGAGAGAAACCUUACAAGUGUUCACACUGUGACAAGAGAUUCAUUCAGUUAGGAAAUCUGAAAACACAUGAGAGGAUCCACACUGGAGAGAAACCGUACACAUGUGAUCAGUGCGGUAAGAGUUUUGCACUAAAAGAAUACCUUACGACACAUAUGAGAGUUCAUGCUGGAGAGAAACCUUUCACUUGUGAUCAUUGUGGAAAGAGCUUUACUCACUCAUCAAACCUUAAGGAACACGUGAACAUUCACACGAGAGAUAAACUAUACGCAUGUGAUCAAUGUGACAAAACUUUUACUACAGCUAAACAUUUAAAACUGCACGAGAGGAUUCACACUGGAGAGAAACCUUAUAAGUGUUCACACUGUGACAAGAGAUUCAGUCAUUCAACAAAUAUGAAAACACACGAGAGGAUUCACACUGGAGAGAAACCGUACAAGUGUUCACACUGUGACAAGAGAUUCAAUCAUUCAGGACAUCUAAAAACACACGAGAGGAUCCACACUGGAGAGAAACCGUAUCACUGCACUGCAUGUGGGAAGUGUUUCAAUCAAUCAUCUUCUCUACACAGUCAUACAAGAAACAUUCACAGUAAGUAGCUCAUCUUCAGAUCCAGCACUUUCAGAUCUGAUGCUGUGUCCUUAA